AUGAGGCGUGCGGAUGGACAGGCAAUACCGCAGUGGAAAGGCACCAAAAGGAUCGCGAUGACGGGCGAUCGUGGGUUCGACCCAGUGGGGGUCUCCCAGUUCAUUGUGCUCCAGUAUACCAUAUGGAUGCGCAGCUGUAGUCUCCGGAUUCUCACCAGUACCAGUCAUCUGCCAUUCGAACGGAGCGUCGGAGACAAUGUGAUGCUCGAAAGUGACCCAUUGUUGGUAUGGGGUUCCGAUGAUGUGUGGCAGGCACAUCUCAAUAGGGAAUCCGAUUCGCAUCAUCUUCUCCAUGCGCGCAUGUGCGGUGAUGGAUGUCUAUGGGGCAUAUGA